CGACUCGCGACCAAAAUCAGAACUUGCGACACCCGGACACAUCCAUCAACACGCGACACCUCUGGCAACACAAAUUAGUCCUAUCACGCGAUCACCUCGGAAUGCAGCAAUAAACGAAACCUCGCAAGGAAGCAAUGUGCCUGCACGAGAAUGGCAAUUCGCGUCUUCCUCCGCGAUGGACCGCAAAGGGCCAUCGCCUUGGCCACCGAUUCUCACGUCUUGAUCUUCCGACAUAGUCCUUCAACUUCUGGGCAGCAGACCAAGUAUGGUUCUUCGACAUCCAUUUCUGAGUCCGGAACCCCGCGAUGCAUUGUCGAAUUCUCUCCGUGGGGAGAGCAAGACAUGAACGGGUACAGAACCCUGUCUUCGCUGUCAAUUCAAGGAACACUCGGCUUGGUCACUAUCAACGGCGAUGUUUUUCUUUGUGUUGUGAACGGCAGCUCGAAAGUUGCGGAAGUGAGGCCUGGAGAACGAGUCAACCGUAUCCUGAGCGUGGAAUUUCACUGCCUGAAUUCGAGUCAAUACGAUCACUUGCUGCACGAUCAAGUGAAUCCUUUCCCUACCGAUCAUCUCGACGCGGAUGGCUUUGAUCAUGGAGGUCAUCGUGAACCACUUCUCGAGCAUCCGUGCAUGGCGCUGAAGAAGCUGCUCUCUGGAGGGACAUUCUACUACUCUGCAGAUUUUGACCUGACAAAGAGGAUACAGGAUCGACCUGCUGAAGCAAGCACGAUUUCAAUUGACAGUUUGGAUGCCGGCUUUCUUUGGAAUACGUACAUGAUUCAACCACUUGUCGACUUUCGGAGUAGGCUGAGCAGGAGAGAAAAGGAAGCGCUGGACGCGAGUAGGAUUUUGACGUCUGCGAUCAGAGGGUUCGCCGGAACUGUCCCUGUGCCACCUUCAAGCUCACCUGCGAGGAAAGAGAACAGAGGGCUACCUAGCAACAUGACAUUGAUUUCGAGACUUUCGUGUCGCAGAGCUGGCACGAGGUUCAAUGCACGAGGUAUUGAUGACGACGGCAACGUGGCGAACUUCUCUGAGACCGAGACGAUCUUCACGACGGAUCAUCUCUGUUUCUCUUACGUCCAAUGCAGAGGUAGCGUGCCUCUUUUCUGGGAACAGGCCUCUGGUCUGCCGGGACAGCAGAAAAUCACAGUGACAAGAUCCUCAGAGGCAACACAGCCAGCCUUUGACAAGCACAUGCAGCGAUUGUCGGAGACGUACGGCGAUAUUGUGGUCGUAAAUCUGCUCAGCGAGGAGAAGCCCCAGGAGCUGCAGUUGACGAGACAGUACAUGCAUCACAUUGACAGUUCUACUUUGAAUCACCAUACCAAGGGAGCCGAGUCAGAACAUCGACAUAUUAUUCCGGUCAACUACGACUUCCAUGCGGAGACGAGGGGACCUAAUGGGUACGAGGCCGCAAGCGGGAUCAGGAGGUGGAUUGAGACUGCUGCUCGCGCGUUCGAGUACUACCUGUCUCAAGACAGUGCAGAGCUCAUCACCGAGAACGGAAAGCAACAAUCGGUACUUGGACAGAACGAGAUCUUGAAGCAGGCUGGGGUCUUCAGAACGAAUUGCUUGGACUGUCUCGAUCGCACGAAUCUAGUGCAGACCAUCAUCUCGCAGAUUGCUUUUGAGAUCUUCUUGGAGCAACAAGGCGAGCACAGACCGACUUCGGAUUUCUGGGCGAGGCACGGCAUGCUGUGGGCUGACAAUGGCGAUGCACUGUCUAAGAUAUAUGCCGGAACAGGAGCGCUCAAGUCUUCGUUCACCAGAUCCGGCAAGAUGUCGUUGGCAGGUACUCUGGCUGAUAUCAGGAAGUCAGCUCAGAGAUUCUAUAUCAACAACGUGGAAGACAAAGGUCGACAGACGACGAUGGAUAUGCUGCUCGGUCGCCUGGUGGGCCAGACUUCUGUACAUCUGUUCGACCCAAUCAAUGAUUGGGUGAUGGGAGAGCUGAAUCGCAGAGCGCCAGAGUUCACUCACUCAGAGAAGAUCAACAUCUGGGUAGGAACUUUCAAUCUGAAUGGAAAGACACACGGCAUCGACGAAGAUCUCAGCCCAUGGCUGUGCCCCAACGUCGAAGACGAGUUCAAGGCUCCGGAAAUUGUAGCCGUAGCUUUCCAGGAAAUCGUUAAUCUCGAUGUCAAUCAAAUCCUCUCCACGGAUCCGGUUCGACGCUCCAUGUGGGAACAGGCUGUUCGCGAGACACUGAACUACAAAGCCAAGAAACGCGGUCACGAAGAAUAUGUGAUGCUGAGAGGCGGGCAACUGGUUGGAGCCUCACUCUCUGUCUUUGUCAAAGCCAGCGUUCUGCCAAAGAUUCGGAACGUUGAAGGUGCUGUGAAGAAGACCGGCCUCAGUGGCAUGGCUGGCAACAAAGGCGCUGUGGCCAUCCGCAUGGAGUUCGCAGACACUUCGAUCUGCUUGGUUACUGCCCACUUGGCUGCUGGUUUCGGGAAUUACGACGAACGGAAUCAGGACUAUCGCACAAUCGCAUCUGGCCUGCGAUUUCAGCAUAAUAGAGCCAUUGACGAUCACAAGACAGUCAUCUGGUUCGGUGACUUCAACUACCGCAUUGGCCUGGAGAACGAGCGAGCCAGGGCGCUAAUCAAGAAACGAGACUUGGGCCAGCUGUACGAGAACGACCAACUCAAUUUGCAAAUGGUGCAUGGGAAAGCAUUCCCACAUUACUCGGAGCAGACGCCGCAAUUCCUACCUACGUACAAGUUUAAUAUCGGUACGGACGAGUACGACACUUCUGACAAGGCCCGGAUUCCAGCCUGGUGCGAUCGUGUCUUGACCAAAGGCGAUAACAUCAGACAGCUUUACUACGACUCGGCACCUCUGCGAUUUUCCGAUCACAGGCCUGUCUGGGCUCUAUUCUCCUGCACUGUUAGUGUCGUGGAACAAGCGAAGAGAGAUCAAAUCAGCAAUCAACUGUACGCCAAGCGUCGGGCGGUUGUUGGCAAUCAUACCGCAGGAGCGACAGCAGAUAGCGACGAUGAGUCUCUUUAUGGGUAUGAAUCGAUCGAAGCUGGGCUGCCACCUGCAAGCUCCGAUAAGAGGAAAUGGUGGCUGGACAAUGGCAUGCCAGCAAGAUCGACAGUGCAGCCUCCCGGCGCUGGCCACAUCCCGAAUCCUGCCAGACCUUCAAAUCCUUUCUCCGCAUCGAGUGAACCAGACUGGGUCAAAGUCGAGAAGCCUGGAUCAACACCACCUUCGCGGCCUGCGAGCCUGUAUAGCAAUGCGAGCAGUACCGUGCAGGGCGGUUCACUUGCUGGUCAAUCUCAAGGCGAGAUCGUGCCUAGGAAGCUCCCUCCGCCAUUGAAGCCCACGCCACCGCCACAGCAGGUGAACAAGCCAGCCAACAUCGAUGGCACAACAGAUGCCCUGGCUCGCAGUCAGUCACUGCAGUUCCCACGCAAACCUGCUCCGCCUCCAAAACCAUCCAAACCUAAUCUUCUGCGAACAACGUCCAACACUUCUUCUACAGCAGCCUCGGUGAAGUCUGUCCCUCCGCCGCCCGAACCCAGACGGGCGAACAAUACCCCUACCAACACUACCAGAAAUGUGUUCCCUCCGCCACCGAUUAGAGCUAAUGGCGAUACAGAGAAACGUAGUACAGCCCCUGUACCUCCGCCACCUAGGAAGCCGGUGAAGACGACUUCGUGGGGAAGUGACGUGUCUACAACGAGGAAGCCAGUUGGAUUACCUGAGAGCCAUGAAAAGCCGCCUGCGCUGCCUAUGAGGAGACCGACAGCGCCGAUUAUGGAUGAUGAUGAGGAGACCGGCGGGCUAAAAGGUUGGGAGCCGUUGAAGCCGAGUUGAUGAUCGAUGGGUUGGCAUAGAGAGCAGAGGAUAUGAUGUAUGAGAAAUGAAUGAAAGCCCUA